AUGAAGUGCAAUAUCUUCAUGGUGUUGGAGGUGAUUGCCCUGAUCGUCACCAUUCACGGCAUGGCCACGGCUGAGAACCACGUGGACCUGCUGUGGCUUUUCCUGGCCCGCAGCAUGGAGAUGCUGGAGCGGUCCGGUGCUGCCGUGGGAGUGAAGCGGGCCAAGCACAUGAUCACGGACGACGGCAAGCUGCUCUUGGUGUCCGGUGUCUUCGGGCUGGUCAUUUGGCUUGUUAUGAGUGGAUUCUACUUCGUUGCGAAUCGUCACAACUGCGAGGCGGUGUUCGAAACGGACGACUUCAAGUGGCAAAGGUUCGACUCGAUUCCUUCCUCCAUGUGGUACGUCAUGAUCAACUUGCUGAAAGAACAUCCGCUGGCGGAUGUACACGAAACCCUCUUCUCUCGGUCUUUGGUUUGCAUUUGCUGCAUCUUCGCGAUGCCGCUCUUCGCUCUGCCAUCCAGUAUUUUGCAGUACUCGCUCCUGGCCAACGACGAGAAGAACGAUUCCCAAGUGGAAGCUCAGGCGGUCGACCUGGCUCACCGAAGGCAAACGCAGCAGGCGGCGGAGCUGCUGCGGCUUCAGGACGAGGCGCGCCAGAAGCGACUCCAUGGCCUCGCCACAGUGGUGCUCAGCGUCGGAUCGAUCUUCGCCUAUUUCUACUACACCGCGCGAGACACGGACCACUCGACCUUCUUCACCUUGCCGGUGAAGAUCGACCAUGAACGACUGGCCUAUGUGGAUGGCUUUGUGGCCUUCAUCUUCUUCUGCGAGUAUGCUUCGCGGAUCAGCUCCGGGGGCGCGGGGUACAUCGGCUCCGGCUACGGCCUGGUGGACUUAGUCGCGUGGCUCCCAGGAGUGCUUCAUAUCGCCACCUACGAAUCCAUGAAGGAUCCGGGUCAUGAGAUCCUGGCGGCCUGCUGCGUUAUGCGAAUCUUCAAGCUGGAGAGAUACUUGCACUCCUUCCGCGACAUGUUGGACAUUGUCAAGGAGAAUGGGGGCAUCCUUACCGCAACAUUGGUGUUUUCCAUGUUUGUGUGGAUGCUGUUCUCGACCUUGCUGUACCUUACCGAGAAGCACAACCCCGACGAAGAGAUGAACGACGAGGUCUAUGGCUCUGUCAUGAGAUCUCUUUGGUCGGAGAUCAUCAAUUUGCACGGAGAGUGGCCCUGGGCAGACUACACGCCCUAUGGCAAGGCCAUUGGCACCGUGAUCGGCCUCUUCAGCAUUAUGCUCUUCUGCAUCCCCAUCGGUAUCUUCGGCGAAGGCUUCGCGGAUAAGGUGAAGGCGGAUCGUGAUCUCUCCACCGCCGACGAGGAGUUCGAUCGCCGACCCUGGCAGGAGUGCUGUCGCCCAGAGAACCCUGGCUUCAAACAGAAGGUCUACGACAUGUUCUACGAGGAUCUCCAUCCAGAAGUGCACCCCACGCCAUCGUUGCUCUUCCGCGGGGUCCGGGCUGUGUGUGUGCUCUUGGUGUCCGUGACGACGGUCAUCACCGUCAUCUCCACCGUGGAGGAGUGGAAAGGAUACGAGUUCCGCAAGCCUGAAACUCAGAUGGGCCGAGCCUGCGCCAUUAUUGACAUCGUCGCCACGGUAUGGUUCAUCGUGGAGUACGAGCUGCGGAACCUGUGCACUGGCCAGCGUCACCGCAUUUCCUUCGUGGGGCUUUGCGAUUUGCUCUCCAUCGUUGCCUUCGUUUACACCAUCUAUGACAUGAGCAAGCGAGAAAGUGCAUUCCGACCAGGCUACGAGGACGCGAACGUGCUGGUGGAUUCCGUGGUGCUCUUCCGACUGCUCCGCACCUUCAGCUUGGAGAGCUACUUCUAUGCGGUGCACAGCCUGAAGUGUGUGUUUGUCCUGAACAGAUGGCCCUUGUCGCGAGCUGGCGGUGCGCUGGUGUCUAUUUGGUUUGUCCACGCCACGCUGCUCUACAUUUGCGAGAGUCCUCGCAUCCUUGGUCAUUUCCCAGGUGUGGAUGCUGGUGAAGGUGAAGGCGAAGGAGAAGGAGAAGGUGAGGGAGAAGGAGAGGAUGGCAAGGAGUUGACGAUGGUUCAUCGGUAUCGAAGCAUCCUGGCGGCGCUGCAAUACAGCAUCGUGCACUUGUUCGGCGACUACCCGGAAACAGACUACUCGCGCCCGGCCAAGCUCAUCCACUUUGUCGGCAUCAUGGGUGGCAUUGCCAUCAUUUCUACCUUCUGCGGUGUCUUCAGCGCUGGCUUCGUGGAUUAUCUGGACAGCGUGCGGCAGAAGCAGGUCCAGGACCAAUCGGCCAAGUACUUGCGGGCCAUGGUGCAGAUCAAGCUGGGGGUGAAGCGCUGGCUGGCCCGCCGGCGCUCUGGAGCCCCCUUGCCUCCACGACAGGCCAGCGGUGGAGCCGUCCUCUUCGCGCGCUCCAUCAUGUUUCGGCAGAGUGCGAUGGGUUCGGCCAUCCAGAGCUUCUUCAACCUCUGCCUGGUGCUGAGCCUGGUGAACACCAUGGCCGCCUCUGUGCCGGAACUGGAUGAGCUGCGCUCGGCCGCGGUGCUGUGUUUCGGGCUGGAGAUCUUUUUCUCGGUGGUCUUCAUCGUGGAGUUCGUGGUACGGCUGCUGGCGCGCCCGAAGAGUGUGAUGUCCUUCUUCGGGAUGAUGGACUUCCUGGGGAUUUUGCCGGGCCUUUUCGUGCUCUCCAACGCUGCAACCGGUGGCUUGGCCACCAGCAGCGCCAAGGAGAGCUGGGUGGAGUGCUUCAGCAUGCUGCGAGCCGUGCGCAUCCUGAACUUCCAUGUCUUCCACCGGGAAGUGGGCAUCAUUGGCCGCGUCAUGCGGGACGCCAGCACCAAGCUGGCUGUGCCGGGCUAUUUGGCCUUGAAUGUUUGGAUCACCACCUCGGCCUUGUUCAUGUGGAUGGAGAACGAGUGGAAGAACGAGUCCGUGGUAUGCGACCAGAAGUACGGGCCAGACAACUGCGGCGGCGAGGGCACUUCGGGAGAUAUGCCGGAUGUGCCAUCCGCGAUGUAUUGGUGCUCCAUUUUCCUGACCGGGGAGUGGGCCAAUGUGGAUUUCACCUACGCGGGCUCGCGGCUUUGCAUCUUCUAUGUGGUCUUCGGAAUCGCCAUGUUCUCCAUCCCGGUGGGUAUCCUCGUGGAGGCGGUGAAAGGCACUUUGCAACUCAUCGCUCUGGAAGAGAAGGAGAUCAAGAAGGCCGUGGGCGACGAGCGCGUCAUGCCGGAGGAUGCACCGAAGCACUGGGCGAAGUCCUGA